CCCGGGCGGUGCAGGGCGGCCGAGGAGCCGCUGUGCCCGGGCGGUGCAGGUGGCGGAGGAGCCGCUGUCCCGGGGCGGUGCAGGUGGCGGAGGAGCCGCUGUCCCCGGGGAGCAGCCGCCUGAGCCCCUGAGCGAUGCCGCUGCAGCAGGGCUCUGCCCGGGCGCGGCAGCGCACCGUGCUGCUGGUGGGCAUCGCCGUCCUGCUGGCCGCCCUCGUCCUCGCCGUGGUGCUGGCCUCCCUGCUGACCCACGGAAGGCACGAGAUCGCUCCCCAAAUGCUGAAGUGGAAGGACAGGGGGACCACUAAGAACUUGCAAGAAGUCAUCCUGGGAAGAUGCUACAACUACAUCACGGCGCAGCACCCGGAGCUGGGAGAUAAGGAUUGUCUAAAAAUAUGGGAAUCACUAAAAGAUGCAUUCAUUUACAAGAAUCCCUGUAACAUCACACCAGAAGAUUAUCAGCCUUUAAUGGAGCUAGCAAGUCAUCCUGUACCCUGUAACAAGUCACUGUUCUGGAGCAAGACAGGUGACCUCGCUCAUCGUUACACAAAAUCCAACCAAAAUUUCCUUACCUUGGAGGACACCUUGUUGGGUUAUAUGGCUGAUAAAAUUUCAUGGUGUGGAGACCCCUCUGCCCCAGGGAUCAACUAUGAAUCUUGUCCAAAACGAAGUGAAUGUGAGAGCAACCCUGGCUCUGUGUUCUGGAAAAUGGCAUCCAAGAUGUUUGCAGAAGCAGCAUGUGGUGUGGUUCAAGUGAUGCUCAAUGGAUCAGUGGAAGCUGGAGCUUUCAGAAGCAGCAGCAUUUUUGGAAGUGUUGAGGUCUUUAACCUGGAUCCAGAUAAAGUCUCUGAAGUGCACAUUUGGCUUAUGCAAGACAUUGGUGGACCUCAAAGUGAAUCCUGCUCAGGUCAUUCCAUUCAGAGGUUAACAAGCAUUUUAGAAGAGAGAAACUUUAAGAUCAUCUGUGAAGACAAUUACAGGCCUGUUCAGCUCCUUCAGUGUGUGCAUAGCCCUGAUCACUCAGACUGCAGGCUGUGCACCAACAGCACAGCAAUUCCCUGAAACAGAGUUCUCUGUGCUGCUGAAGAAUUCAUUACCUGUGUGUAAAGCUGGAGAUGUGGCUCCAUAGCUGAGUGAUAGCAGUAGCAUGGUGUGUACUGAGCCCAUAACCUGAAGUCCUUGCAGUGAUACUAACAGCCAAAUAGCAGGAGAUGGUACCUGGGUGUGAUGCUGUACACACACACACACUGCUCCAGGUGGGGCUGUGGCCACAGACUGAGGCAGCUGCUCUGCCCUGGUUUGCUCCCUCUGUCAAAGUCUGGCACACUGCUGGGGAUCCCUGGGGCACGUACAGAGAAUAAAGAGACUUUCCAGGAGAGGCAGAACUCGCCCAGAUCAGUUCCCAUCUUCCUUCCUGCUGAAAGGUUAAGCAGGAAACGACCAGGACAUGCUACACCUUCCCUGCAUUCAGUGCAACCUUCCCCAGAGGGGAACAUUGCCCAGUGGCACAUAGUAUAAACCAUGGCUUUCCCAGGUACUGUGACACUUCUGACCAGGUAAAGCAAGCAGUGGAAUAGGCAGAGCAGGUCUUGCUUUUAAUGGGUAUCACAGUAAGCAGCUGGUGGGAAGACAGCUGAGCUGAGCUAAGAAAAAACAGAAACUGCUCAAAGAGUUGCCUGCAUCUGUAAGAACUGCUGAGUGUGCAGCUGGGAGAGAAAAUAGUGAGACUGACUCAGAAUAACUCCAUUAAAAUCCUACUGGAUACACCAUUGCUGGUCAGAUUACAUUUUGUUCUUAAUAUAGCAGUAAACACGCAGCCUUCCAACUUUCAUAAAAGGUCCCUCAGGCCACAACUUGUCCAUCCACUGGAAUAGAAACAAACAUCAGAUGGUUGCCACAAUAAGGAGUGUCCCUUGAGCUCAGUUUCUGCAGGGAAAGGUGAUGCCCUGAGGUGCAGAACUCACAAGCACCGGCGUGCUGCAGUGCUCACAGCAGGUCUCACUGACUUCCUUUGAUUUCUGUUCUACCAGUCUCAAUGCAGUGUUUACAGCAAAACAAGUGUCUGAGGCCAGCAGUGGCCACGGCUGCAGUGCCUCUGUGCAGUGCCUUUGACACUGAGAGAGCAGAGCAGGCUUUGCUGCAGACACACUCCAGUGCUGAGGGGACAGUGUGACCAGCAGCUGCCAAUCUUCAGGCAGACCUUAGGGCUCUCCAUGGUCCCACAGGGGAGGGUUGCACUGCCACGUGUUUUAGUGACUACCCAGAGUGCAAAACAUCAUCAUGGAGCUGCACAAGCUGGUGUAGUUCUGAGCAUCUCCAGAUAAACCUUGUCUCGUUAAUAGCAAUAGAAGGCCUGCACUGAGCCUGGCUGGACCAACCCAAAACCUCACCCAUAAUGUUUACAUUAAGUGAAAUGUAUUUUUAUUUGCAAGCUGUUAUGUAACUACUUAAGUGAAUAGACAUAGACACAUACCAAUACUUUUAAAUAGGUUAUUUCUGACUAUCAGUUAAAAGUUUGUCUUCAUGCUCACUUUUGUACUUCUUCUGUUGCAACAGAAAAUAUUGACUGUAAAAUCAAGAUCCAUAAUAAAAUUGCUGAUGAAAAAUGUUCAUAAUUCUGUUUCACAUUGUACGUAACCUCAGAAAGUUAAGAAAGAAAGAUUCUCAGAAGACCAAAAUAGGCCACUUCCUAAAAACAACUGAGAAAUCUGUUCAGUGCAUGAAACACUACAUGCAACCACCCAGGAGAGCAGAGAAACAGAGCACAUCCUCCCCAGGCUGCUCUCCAUCUCAUGCAGAGAAGUCAUUGUCUUUGUGGGUGGCUGGAAGUGAAGCAUCUUUAUCUUGAGCACAGAUUGUUCUUGACCAUAAUAGCAAAGAAAGAUGAUUGUUCUUGUCAGAGGUUAUGUAGUGAGAUGCUAAGAAGCAAACUGUGCUUUUGGAAGCUGAGGUGCACAAUUAAUAUGGGCAGCUGUACUGGAGUAAAUGAUGGCUUUGUAAUGCAGGUGGCUGGCAAGUCUGGGCUGCUUGGAUCACAUACAUGGCAGAACAUGAGCAAGCUCAUUUCCAACAAACAUUUUUAUUAUGCAUGAUCACACAUCUGAAAGGCCCUGCAGACAUGCCCUGCCAGAAAAGUAUGCUUGCAAAUCCUAUUGCAUUGCUGAAGAGUUA